CCCUUCGCCCGCCGGCGGGGCGGCGCUGUCGGCCGGGGCGGGCGCUCCGGGCUCCCCGACGCCUCCUGUUCGCCGCGGCCGCGCCACCCCGCUCUGUCCUGCCAGUCCCCGGCGUCCCUGCCAUGCGCCCAGGCUAGUGCGCCUAGGGCGCAGCGCCGAACCCGGCAGCGCCAGCCGCCAGCUCCCGCCGCCGGCAUGCUGCGCCUGCUGCUGCUCGCGGCGCUCUGCCUGGCCGGCCGGCUCGGGGCCGCCCGCGGCUGCCAGCUGCCCUCCGAGUGGAGACCCCUGAGCGAGGGCUGCCGCGCGGAGCUGGCCGAGAUCAUCGUGUACGCCAAGGUGCUGGCGCUGCACCAGGAGGUGCACGGCCUGUACAACUACCUGCCGUGGCAGUACGAGGCCAGCGACGCGGGGCUCUUCUACUCGGCCGAGAUUGAGAUGCUUUGCGACCAGGCGUGGGGCAGCAUGCUCGAGGUGCCCGCAGGCUCCAGACUCAACCUCACCGGCCUGGGCUACUUCUCAUGUCACUCCCACACCGUGGUCCAGGACUACUCCUAUUUCUUCUUCCUCAGGAUGGAUGAGAAUUAUAAUCUCUUGCCUCACGGAGUCAAUUUCCAAGAUGCUAUCUUUCCGGACACUCAAGAGAACCGAAGGAUGUUUUCCAGUCUUUUCCAGUUUUCGAACUGUUCUCAGGGGCAGCAACUGGCAGCUUUUUCUAGCGACUGGGAGAUCCAGGAAGACAAUAGGCUCAUGUGUUCAUCAGUGCAGAAGGCUCUGUUUGAGGAGGAGGACCAUGUCAAGAAGCUGCAGCAGAAGGUGGCCACUCUGGAGAAGCGGAACAAGCAACUUCGGGAUCGGGUGAAGAAGGUCAAGAGGUCAUUGAGGCAGGCACGAAAGAAUGGUCGCCACCUGGAGCUGGUGAACCAGAAGCUCAGUGAGAAGUUAGCAGCUGCAGCAGGUGCCCUCCCACACAUUAAUGCCCUGGGGCAGGAGCCACCAGGUACCACGUACCUGCGGGGGUAACAGCCCUUGAGUAGUGGUCUUGCCUGACUCUGCUGGAACAUGUUGCCUCUUGCCAGGGAUUGUAAAUUAAUGGUAGGUUUUAAUGUGCACAUAGGUCAAAAAGUCUUGUAGAUGUUUUAAAUAUGCAUUUGGUAGUGGCUAGUUACUUGAAGGGGCAAGUCUUGUUAUUUUCUCAGUUGCUGGGCUCCUUCUCCUCCCUGCUUCGCUCCCAGACUCAGUGCUUACAAGUCCAGAGGCAGCACGAUCCUGGAAUGUCAUGUGCUCUCCUAGGGCCUGUCUUCAGCUUUCAGGAGCACACUGGAAAGUCUGGGGAAAGAAUAUUUUAGAAUCUUUAGAUGUACAAGAAUCAAGGGGCUCAGCCUUAUUGCAGAAGAGGCUGUGAGAUCUCCAGCUCUGAGCUCCAGGACCAUCAUUGGUUUUGAGAAGGGAUCUGCAGCAAGUCUUGGAACUUUUGGAAGGUGGAUGGCAACCUUGCA